AUGGACCGCGUGCCGUUCAUGAUAGUUGUUGUGCUGACUGUCCUGCAGUUCGUCCCCGCCGUCUACACUGAAGAUGAAUUUGAGUACAAAGUUCUGCCCCCUGUGUACAACAUAGGCGAACCCCCCGCCACCCCUGUCUUCUACCCACCCUCUGCACCCCUUAGCCCCUCCCCUUCUCCAAAACCUGCCCAGCCCACACCACAGCCUUCCCCCACCCCACAACCCUCCCCCACACCAAAGCCCACACUGCCGACACUCAAAGCCUCCCCCACACCUAAACCCACACUACCCCCAACCAAGCCCCACAGCCGCCCCACACCCACCUAA